UCGCCAUUGCGACCAAUUGCGACGUGAUUGCCGAAGUUUCGUGUUUGUGCGUCGGAAUUCGUCCGGGUUACAUUGGAUUUGUUCUACGGCGGAUUGCGAACAGAACAGGGAACAACACGUACGUAGCAAGCUGAGCGCUGAUUCAUCGCGGAGGCUGCAUCAAACGUCGUUAUUGAAAUAAUGAAGAGAGAGGCCGAGGCAGGCGCCAUGACAGGUUCCGGGGGUCCGACAAGUCCUCACAAGCGUUAUCGACAAGGUGACGAUGAGCUCCGUCUUCUCAUCCCCAGUAAGGUUGCUGGUUCGAUAAUCGGCAAGGGUGGCCAGAACAUAACGAAACUCAGAAGUCAGUACAAAGCCUCAAUCAUUGUACCCGAUUGCCCCGGACCCGAACGGGUGCUCACCAUCAGUUCGGACCUGCCCACUGUUCUCCAAGUGUUGAAUGAAGUUGUACCUAAUUUGGAAGAGCCGCAAUUUCAGAACGGCUCCCGUCAUGGCAGCGACGAGAUCGAUGUGCGCAUGCUGGUGCACCAGAGCCAAGCGGGCUGCAUCAUCGGAAAAGGAGGUCUGAAGAUCAAGGAGCUCCGUGAGAAAACCGGAGCCAGAAUCAAGAUCUAUUCGAACACCUGCCCUCGCAGCACGGAUCGUCUCAUCAGCAUCUGCGGGAAGCCCGCGACGUGCAUCGAAUGCAUACGCGAUCUGAUCGCCACCAUUAAGACCUCGCCACUGAAAGGUGUAAACAACCCGUACGAUCCGCACAAUUUCGACGAUUAUUAUGCUGAUGACUACGGCGGCUACGGCAAUGCCGACGGUGGUCAGGGCAAGGUCGGCGGAUUUGGCGGACCCGGUGGUCGCGGCGGUGGUGGCGGCGGCGGCGGCGGCGGUGCUGGAGGCGGUGGUGGCGGGAUGCCACCAAGGCGAGACAAUCGCGGAGGUGGCGGCGGCGGAGGCGGCGGCGGUCCGGGUGACAUGAAUCGUGGCUUUCCACCACCGAGAGGCGGCCCUCGUGGCGGAGGUGGCGGCGGCGGUGGUGGAAUGUCCGGUGGCCCGGAUCGCGGUUACGGCAAUUCACGCGGAGGCGGAGGAGGCGGUUACGACGGUGGUCGAGGUGGUGGCGGUGGAUACGGCGGUGGCGGCGGUAGCGGAAACCGAGGCGGACCACCCUACGGCGGCGGAAAUUAUAAUGGUGACGGAUGGGGAAUGCAAGGAAGUGCGCCCAAUGGCUUAGGUGGCGGCAAUCAGGGAAUGGGUGGCCCUCCUAUGGGAAAUAACCAAGGCAACCAGGGUAACAUGAGCGGAAACAAGACCAGUACGCAAGUCACCAUUCCUAAAGACUUGGCCGGAGCCAUAAUUGGCAAGGGUGGCGCGAGAAUUCGAAAAAUUAGAUCGGACAGCGGCGCCGGAAUAACCAUAGACGAACCAUUACCUGGUAGUAAUGAUCGUAUUAUUACUAUUACGGGGAUUCCAAGUCAGAUUCAAAUGGCCCAGUACCUGCUGCAGCAGAGCGUCCACGAGAAUGCGGAUCAUUACUAGAACUUGGUGACGGAUGUAUUCGGGGGAGGGGGAGCCAAAGAUGCGCUGUAACAUGUUCUUUAGUUUUUUUUUUUCUUUUUUUUUUUUUUUUUUUUUUUUUUUUAUGGGGUAAACACACACGUACAUUGAAACACGGAAAAUAAUUGAAACAAGAGUACGUUGGUACGCACCCGCGUGUAGAAACGAGCGCGAGUUCGUUCGAAUUUUGUAGACAGCUUUCGUCGGGCUCUGCGCGCAGGAGGAUGAUCUGUGUAGGAUUUUAAAUACACUUAUAUAUUACACGUCAAUCACCCUCUCCCAAGGAAAGGAAAACGCUUAACGGUCGAUGCUAACGUGACCUUGAUGUGUGGCGAGGUACUAUUUUCCAGAGAUAGUAGAUCGCAGCCUGCGGAUGCAAAUCGUUUCACGAGUGGAGUACUGCUAACGUGUUUUGGAUGUCGGCCUUUUUUAGUAUAUAGAACUCUCUUAUUUGUAUCGUGUCCGCGAAAGACGUACACAUAAUUACACUGUCGAUGUGACAGCGGAGGGGUUUCAAACUGGCGAGCAACCGCGCACCAUGUUCCCCGAUGUUAGCAUUCCUGAGAAAAACGUAUUUAUUUGCUAUAAAGAAAAAACGAUCCAAAGAAUAAUUUCGCGUUCUUUACAAUCAUGUAAUCUUCUUUGUUUUCACGAUCAUUGUUAGAUCCUGUCCCAUUCACCCGAUGGAAUCAGUGACUUUUUUUUUUUUUUUUUUUUUUUUUUUUUGUAAUUUAAUUUCGAACGGUAUUAGUGUGCCAAUACAUGAAGUAAAUAUAAUAUAAUCGAGACGCUUGGCGCGAGGAACAGCCAAUUUGAAACCGUGACGCGCAUAUAAAAAGCGACUCUUCUGAACAUCGAGACCUGACAACGCACACUUUUCUCGUUACGUUUCUUUCCAGCUUUUUGAUAAAUUCUUUACAAAUUCUAAUGCUAUUGAAAUGAGAGUAAAUGUGCAUAGAGUGAAUGCGAGGGCAACAGUGUCAGAGAAAAAAAAAAGAAAACGGAGAGAUCGCGCGGCGAGAAAGAGUGCGAGAGAGAAAGUAAGAUUUCAAUAGAUCAUCAAUAUUUACAAUAAAAGAACUGAGACACUAAUGUAAUUUUGCGAGAAGAAACCUGUACAUAAGGCCCGCUAUAAUGUCCCUUUUCCUUCUUUAACCGACCACCACAUACACUGUUUCUGCUGUUGCAUUAUUUACUGUAGUUAUUUUUUCCUAUGAUUAUUGAGAAAAAUAUUUUUUUUUUUUUUUUUUUUUGUGUUAUAUAAUAUCCCACCCGAAAUCUUUGCUACUUAUACCCUUCACCUACAGUGAACGUAUAGAGGAUGGUUCUUAGUGUUUACGUGAUAAGAAGUUAAGUAUUUAGAAUUAUAUCAAAGAGAUGUAUAAGGUAAAGAUAUAGGGGCACCAUCGGCGAAUAGGGAACGUUACCGAUCGUUCGUUUAAGACGGAACCGGCGCGUUUUUUGUACUUCAAAGCAUUUAGACGUCAGAAAACGACGAAUAAACUUUUGCAACUUUCAAUCUAUACGUUUUAUAAACAAUAUGUCACAUGCGCCGCAAAUCUUUGAUUGACAGACAAUAUGUCGCAAAAUCGCGCGGGGAUAUCAAAGUUAUUAUCGAGUUAAGGGUACGAAAUGCUCACAAAAGUAUUUCAACACUUACUACGGAAAACUUUUUUACUGAUAGAACAUGUGUGUUUUAUGAAAUAUGUAUGUUAUUUCAAAGCAAAAAAAUGCGCCGAUUUUGGUUUAAAGAAUGAAAAAGCCGAACUUGAAAUCCGCAACGAAGUUCAUUGUAUUAAAUGAUGUGAUAUCCUCACUCUCAGCAAAGAUCGUGAAGUAAUUUUCUGUUUUCUUUGUCCCGCUAUUUAUUUCGAUAGAAUUAAAUCCAACAGAUAUUUCAUUUCAUUUUUCCAGUUAUCUUUUAUGAACUUGCGACUCUGUAAUUUAUCAUUUUGUAUUAUAUUGUACAGAGCCUUAUGAGAAAUGUGAAUUUUUCGACAAAUCGACGAAUAAAAAUCGACGUUGAAAUCGCGACGCUGUUGCCGCUGAUACGUAUUGCUGCGAAGUUUUAUCACACCUCCUAUCGAUGUGUAAAAUCUUUAGUUCGAGAUGUUCACGUCAAAAAAAAAAAAAAAAAAAAAAAAAAAAAAAAAAAAAAA